AUGCAGGAUCCCCUGACAGACUGCACCCCCCUCGUCGAUGCAGCCGACUCUGGGAAGCUUCGUCUGGUGCGCCUGCUGGUGGAAGGUGGGGCUCAGGUGAACGGGAGCAACCCCAGAGGAGAGACUGCUCUCCUGGCUGCCUGUAAGGCCCUGAGGGGGGAGCCUGCUGGGCCAGAGGCUGUGAAACUUCUCAGGUACCUGCUUCAGAACAAGGCAGACCCAAAUGCACAGGACCAUACUGGCCGCACGCCUCUGAUGUACGCCUGUAUGGAGCGAGCUGGAGUUCAGGUGGCACAAACCCUCGUGGCUGCAGGAGCCGACCCCUGCGUGGAGGACUGCUCUGGAGCCUCGGCUUUGGUCUACGCCGUCAAUGCACAGCACCAGCCCACGGUGCAGGUGUUACUGGAUGCCUGCCAGGCCAGGGGUCGUGACAUCAUCAUCAUCGCCACAGAGAUGGGUACAAAUGUAAACCCGGUGACCAGGCGUUACCUGAAUGUUCCCCGGUUCCCGGACUCCUCGCCGGUGUCUUGCAUGUCGCCAUCUGAGAUCCUCCUGAAGACGGGCUCACCUAACUCGACCGAGGGAGAAAACAUCUUCAACUUCCGAGGAACAAACAAACCUAAAAGUGGCAGCAGCAGCAGACGUUCGUCCUGCGAGCUGAGCUCAUUGAGCCCAUGUGGCUCUCCAGCUUCCAGAGGCAGGAUUUCAUCAGAACCUUGGCUGGACAUUCAGAACCUGGCUUCUCUGAACAGAGUAUACGAGGAGGGCGUGAGGGAGACGAGACUGAAGGAGGACGGAGGUGGUCAGGGUUUGCGCAGGCGAGGAAAUAAAGGGGAGCUGCAUCAUCCGGUUGAGCAGCGAGAUGGACGUGUGGUUCAAAGGAGAGAGAACGCACAGCCAGUCCUCUCACUGAUGGAGAAGCUGAGGUGUUCAACACCUGGAGGGUCUGCUUCUGCUGAAGAGCUUUCAGGCUGCCUGUCCUCUCACUCCCAGCUUCGCAGGAACACUCUCCCCUCGGUCACACUAGUCCCACCUCCGCUUCACCUCCCUUCCUUAACGAACCCAUCAGACUCUCGCCUGCAGGUGCCAAGCCAUGCUUCACCUUCCAAACAUCGGACCAUGGAGUCCCAGCUUCACCCAUCGUGCUCCUCUCUUAGACCAACAUCACUCCCACCCCUGGCCUCCUCUGUCACCUCUCUGGUUGCACCUCUGACCUGUUGUAAUAGUGACAGAAGCAGGAGGUCGCUGCGUCGUCACUCCGAGCAGCUUGAACAAAUCAGAGGAAAACAUUCAGACCUCUGA